CUCGCGUCGUCGUCGUCACAGUUCGGUGCAGAAUUUGAAUAUUAUUUUAGUUUUUCACGUCGUCGACGACAGUCGUGUGUGUAUUUUACUCUUCUCUUCAUGUUUAUAAAAAAAAUAAAAAUAAUUUUUUAUUUCACCAAAAAUUUUCAAAAUAAUUAAAUAAUAACACAUCAACAUCUCGACGACAAACUGUCAGUCACGCAAAAAAUUUUUUUUUAUUAAAUUAAAAGGAGAAGUUAGAAAAAAAAAUUAAUUAAGAACAACCCGCUGUUUGAAAAAAUCGACCUCAAUUGAAGUGCUCUUAUAAUUGGCCUAAAUAAUUAAUUUUUUAAAUCAUUUUUGGUGCUUUAUCGAAGAAACAGUGAGUUUUUAACAGAUAAGAUUCGAUAACACAUUUCCGACUGACGUCUUCGAUUUUUAUUUUUAUUGAACUUCAACUUCAUAAUAUUUGAUUUGAAAAUAUUUUUGUAACUUGAGAAAUUCUAUCGCAUUGCACGUGUCGUCUCGACAACAACUCGAUAAAAAAAUUAUUUAAACAAAAAAUAAAAAAAAAUGUCCGAUACCACAAACAAUUUAUCAUCGAACUUGAUAACGUCCGGCAUCAAAGCGAGCGUUGUGCCGUCCAAGAAUGACACAAACACCGUCAAUAAGCCGGCAUCGGGCGGCGAUACGUCCUCCAGCGAUGAUUCGUUGAAGGAAUUUGAGCCGCCAGACGGGACAUGGCGCGGUUGGGUCAUCAUGUUGUCCGCUUUCCUGUGCAACGGCGUCAUUUUUGGCAUCAUCAACACCUACAGCGUGAUCUAUUUGCGGCUGCAGCAACAACUGGAAGAGAGCGGCGACAAAGAGGCAUCCAGCAAGGCAGCACUUGUGGGGAGUUUGACAAUUGGAUCAACGUUUUUCCUGUCGCCCAUAUCCGGGAUAUUGGUUGACAAAAUAGGAAUACGCAAAACGACGGUUUUGGGUGGCGUUUUAUGCGCUGGUGGCAUGUUCUUUUCGUCGUUUUGUGCCACGAACGUUAUUGCUUUGUACUUCACAUAUGGCGUGUGUUUCGGUUCAGGAGCAGCUCUGGCGUACACCCCAUCCCUGGCAAUUCUCGGACAUUACUUCAAAAAGUACCUCGGCAUCGCCAGUGGCAUCGUCACAGCAGGAUCUUCCGUGUUUACUUGCGCUCUUCCCAUCUUACUUAAUUAUCUCAUCGAGAACACAGGACUUUCGAACACGUUCCGUCUCAUCUCCAUCAUCGCUGGUCUCAUGAUUGUAGCCGGAUUCCUCUUCAAGCCACUUGCACCGCCCCCACCGAAGCCCAUCAAGAAAGAAACUCGUUCGGCAGCUCACAACUUGGCACGAUCUCUCAUCAAUUUCGACAACUGGAAGAAACGGAAAUACGUGAUUUGGGCAUUGUCGAUCCCAAUUGCGCUCUUUGGAUAUUUUGUGCCUUACGUGCACAUUUCGAAAUUUGUCGUGGUGAAUUUUCCGGGAGAAAAUUCGAAUAUUCCGGUAAUGUGUAUCGGGUUUGCGUCGUUUUUCGGACGACUUUUGUUCGGCGUGAUUUCGGAUGUGCCGCAAAUUAACAGGAUUUUGUUGCAACAAGUGGCUUUUGUGAUGAUUGGAUUGAUGACGUUACUUUUGCCGUUGACGGAUUCGUUUUGGUUGCUGAAUGUCUUUGCACUUGGCAUGGGAUUGUUCGAUGGAUGUUUCAUUUCGUUGCUGGGACCGAUCGCUUAUGAUAUUGUUGGCAGUGCCGGAGCGACACAAGCGAUUGGAUUCCUUUUGGGACUUUGUUCCGUGCCUUUGACUAUUGGACCACCGAUUGCUGGUCUCAUUUUCGAUCACACCGGUUCCUACACUCUUCCCUUCGUCCUAGCUGGCCUUCCACCGAUUAUCGGAGCUGUGUGCAUGUGUUCCAUCCAUUUCGUGAAAGAGAGACCUCCAAAGGGAGCAGUUGCUGACACCGAUCCCAAACAUCCCACACAGAACGGCUUCGUGGAUGCAGAAAAUGCAUCCGAAACUAAAACUUUCCUUGAAAAGCCUCUAAUAAUGACAAACCCGAGCACUAACUUUACUACUACCACUACUACAGCCAAAGAAAAAGCCAAAUUUCUCGCUAGUUCAGAAUCAUUAAAUGAUGUAAUUGAUGAAAAUCCAAAAGCGUGCUAAUUUGUUUCACCCAAUCAAAAUAAACUUUAUUAUGACCACAUACAAAAAAAAACUCACAAAAUAUAUAUAAUGUUAAAAUGUGCACCAUUCCGUCAUUAAACUGCCAUGCCAUGCCAUGCCAUCAUUUGUAUCAUCUACUCUAAAUGGUAAAACAAAAAAUAUCAUGAAAAACACAAGGCUUUAUAUAUUUUUAUAAGAGAAUGCAAUUGGUUGAUGGGUAGUUUUUUUUUAUUUAUAUAAUUUUCUUUGCAAAGCUUAAAAAUUAAUAUCAUUUUUACAAAAAAAAAAAAUUACUAACAAAAAGCAUUGUUUGUUAAAAUUUUAGAAUCAUUUGUUUAUUUUUUUUACUAAUUUUUUGUUAUUUAUAAAUAUUUUUUAUUACAUUCAUGUAUACUAAUUAUAAUUUUUAUUAAUUAUAUUUAAUAUUGUAGAUCAAUUUUUUUUUAUUUUUAUCAGAAUCGUAGAUAUUAUUAUGAUAAUUAAUUAGAUAUAUAUUAUUUUUUAUAGAAAAUAUAUAUUAUAUAUAAUGCUCGUACUAUAUUAAAUAAUUAAUAAACAAAAAAAUAUUUAUAAUUAAAAUUGGCCUUAACAUAAAUAUAUAUGGAGCUUUUACACAGGAGCUUAAUAUUGACGAUGAAUGUGAAAUUUUUACAGGUAUUUUCAAGAAAACUUGAUAUUGGAAUGAUAUAUAUGAUAAUCGUCAUGUCAAAAACAUAUAUUAAUAUUAAUCAUAAUGUACUUAUGAUGUCUUAAUAUAUUUAAUUUUUUACGUAACGGUUAUUAUUUUUAUU